CUUUAUUGAAUGAAAAACCAAUGAACAAAAAUGAUAUCAAAUUAUUAACAAAGAAGUGUUAAUAUACAAGAGAGAUGGUAGGUUAGGUUGGCCCAUAAAAGAAGGGAUUCCAUUUGACUAGAAAAAAUUAAACAAAAAACUAAAACCGGAUUGUAUCUGACUACUGUGGGAAGUUUCUCAUUAGUCAUUAUUAUAUUAUUUUUGGUUAUGAAAAUAGAAAAGAGAGAGAGAAGAAAAAAAAGAAAUGAGAAAAAGGAAAUGACGUCAGCAUUGACAAGGUAACCACGUCGCAUUCUAGCAAGUCCCUCCAGAUGUCUGGUUUGGUAGUCGCUUUAGGAAUCAAACGCGGAGCUCCAAUAACAAUGGCCAUUACCAAACUCUUCAAUUUCUCUAUCGAGAUUCUUCACACAACAACAUUCCUCUUUCUUCCCCUUUUUUUCGUCGUUUUCAAUUUCCUCGUCUCUUCUCUUCUUUCUGUUGCUCUUCUUCGUUUUCUCACGCCAUUCCCAAUAAAGAAAAUAAAAACAUCUCCUUUAUUCGUCGUCCUUGGCCUAUACUACAUUGAAAUCCGAUAGAUUCUGAAAGAAACCCAACACAGCAAAUGCGGCUUCUCGAUCUAAGCUAUGGAGGAACGAAUGAGAAAAAACAUAGAAUCCAACAAUAAAAUGUGAAAAAGACAGAGAUAGAGAAGAAAAAAGGUGAAAUUUGGAAGAAAGAAGAAGAGAGAAAUGUCGGUAGCACACGCAGACGACGCCGACGAUUACAGCAGACCAACGGGAGAGAGUUACCACGCCGAGAAAGCAUUACCAAGCGGUGAUUUCUACACAGGACAAUGGCGAGAUAAUCUCCCUCACGGUCAUGGCAAAUACCUUUGGACCGAUGGUUGUAUGUAUGUCGGAGAUUGGCACAGAGGCAAAACCAUGGGCAAAGGUCGUUUUAGUUGGCCUAGUGGUGCCACCUACGAAGGCGAUUUCAAAAACGGUUACAUGGACGGCAAAGGUACUUACAUUGAUUCCUCUGGAGAUUUAUAUAGAGGAUCAUGGGUGAUGAAUCUGAGACAUGGGCAAGGGACGAAAAGUUACGUCAACGGAGAUUGCUACGACGGAGAAUGGAGGAGAGGUUUACAAGAUGGACAUGGCAGGUAUCAAUGGAAGAACGAGAAUCAUUACAUUGGACAAUGGAAGAAUGGGUUGAUGAAUGGUAACGGGACGAUGAUAUGGAGCAACGGGAACCGUUACGAUGGCUCUUGGGAAGACGGAGCUCCUAAAGGCAAUGGAACUUUCCGAUGGUCGGACGGGAGUUUCUACGUCGGAGUUUGGAGCAAAGAUCCUAAAGAACAGAACGGGACUUAUUACCCUUCGACAUCUUCAGGGAAUUUUGAUUGGCAACCACAACAAGUGUUCUAUGUUGAUUUGAGUGAAUGUGUGGUUUGUACUUGUCAGAGAAUCCCGGUUUUGCCAUCUCAGAAGAUGCCGGUUUGGUACGGUUCUUCGGAGCAGAGUAGUAGUGGGAACAGGACAAAGAACAGUGAGAGGCCGAGGAGGAGAUCCGUUGAUGGAAGAGUAAGUAAUGGUGAAAUGGAAUUGAGGAAUAAUGGUUCUGGUUAUCUUCAGUUAGAUGAUAAUGCAGAGAGUAAUAGAUCAUCAUUAGGGCCUUUGAGAAUACAGCCUGCUAAGAAACAAGGACAAACUAUCUCUAAAGGUCACAAGAAUUAUGAACUCAUGCUUAACUUGCAGCUCGGAAUUAGGCAUUCUGUUGGAAGACCAGCACCAGCUACAUCUCUUGAUUUGAAGGCUUCAGCUUUUGAUCCAAAGGAGAAACUUUGGACGAAAUUUCCAUCUGAAGGAUCUAAAUACACUCCUCCACACCAGUCCUGUGAGUUUAAAUGGAAGGAUUAUUGUCCUGUGGUUUUCAGGACUCUGCGUAAAUUAUUUAGUGUGGACGCAGCAGAUUACAUGUUAUCGAUUUGUGGGAAUGAUGCUCUUAGGGAGCUAUCAUCUCCAGGGAAAAGUGGAAGCUUUUUCUACUUGACCAACGAUGACCGCUACAUGAUCAAGACUAUGAAGAAGGCAGAAACCAAAGUUCUUAUAAGGAUGCUUCCGGCUUACUACAAUCAUGUCAGGGCAUGUGAAAACACUUUAGUUACCAAGUUCUUCGGUCUUCAUUGCGUGAAAUUGACUGGCACUGCACAGAAAAAGGUUCGAUUUGUAAUAAUGGGUAACCUAUUCUGUACUGGUCACUCCAUCCAUAGGCGGUUUGACCUCAAAGGAUCCUCUCAUGGCCGUCUUACUACUAAACCAGAGUCCGAAAUCGAUCCAAACACGACGCUUAAAGAUCUUGAUCUAAAUUUUGCAUUCCGAUUGCAAAAGAAUUGGUUCCAAGAAUUCUGCAGGCAAGUGGACAGAGACUGUGAAUUCCUUGAACAAGAGAGAAUUAUGGAUUAUAGUCUCUUGGUUGGUCUUCACUUUCGAGAAGCUUCUUUCAAGGACUCUGCCACUCCUACUUCUGGUGCUCGAACCCCGACCGGAAAUUCAGAUACUCGUCUCUCCCGAGCAGAAAUGGACCGGUUUCUUCUUGAUGCCAGCAAGCUAGCAUCAAUAAAAUUGGGUAUUAACAUGCCUGCAAGAGUUGAAAGAACAUCAAGAAGAAGUGACUGUGAGAAUCAGCUUGUUGGGGAACCAACAGGUGAAUUUUACGAUGUGAUUCUGUAUUUCGGUAUUAUAGACAUUCUCCAAGACUACGACAUAAGCAAGAAGCUUGAACAUGCCUACAAAUCAAUGCAGUAUGAUCCGACAUCAAUCUCAGCAGUUGAUCCAAAGCAAUACUCUCGACGUUUCAGGGAUUUCAUCUUAAGGGUCUUCGUUGAAGACACUUGAGAGAACAAUCAUUCUAACUUGCACGCCAAGGCCCAACAAAGUUGAGGUUUUUCUUUUUGUUAGAAUUUUUCUAUAUAGAAAUAUUUGUAAAUUUAUUAUGUUAUUUAACCAAUUCACCAAAAGUAGAGAAAAAUUGAUUCUUUUGUAACUAAAGUUCAAUACUCUGCCCUUUUUGUUGUUGUUGUUGUUGUUAUUCUUUUGUACUGCGUUGCUUCAAACGUGAAAGAAAGUAUGUGUACAGAUGGUGACUUGUAUUUUUUAUUCAUUACUUUCGUCCAA